AUGCGCAAAUCUGUAGCAGUUGCAUGCUUCAUUGACCAUGAUAGAGACCGAGAAAGAGAUCAUUCUCGUGAACGGUCACGCCGUGACGAUCGAGAUCGUGAUGAUCACCGUAGAAGCAAGAAAACAAGCAAGGAUGAUGAGGAGCGCGAAAUUGAAGAAGCAAACGCACUCCGGGCAAAGCUAGGACUUGCUCCUCUCGAGCGGUAG